CGAACCACGAACAGUUGUACUCUCCUCGAUUGAUCGCAGAAAGGAGAAAGAUGUCCAAAGCCGCCCAACCCGAACUAAAGAAGUACAUGGACAAGCGCUUGUUCCUCAACCUUCAAGGAAAUCGAAAGCUCUCAGGUGUUCUACGUGGAUUUGAUAUCUUCCUCAACCUAGUAUUAGACGAGGCUCAAGAAGAGAAUCUGGAAGGUGGGGAAAAGCGAAAGAUGGGCCUUGUCGUCAUCCGAGGAAAUUCAGUGUCCUCAAUCGAGACUCUGGAGGCAGUGCGGUAACCGAGACAUAGAAUGCAUUGAAUGAUCGACUCGAUCAGAGGAAAAUUUUGACGAGGCCUCAUUUCGAAUGAGACUCAAGAUCACUGCACGUACAUUUGCAUCUUUGAAAACCCAGUCCUUUCGAUUCAUUUGCCUCCCUUCCAAAUAGUACCUGAAGAGUUCAAAAAUUUGAGAUAUAGGUUCCAUUAUAUCCGUAGACUGCUUUGUAAGAUUGAGACUUGAUAUAUGAUUGCAAAUGACUUCGACC